GUUGAAGAGCUCACUAACGAAAUCCAUAAUAGGAAGGAGAAAGAUACGUCUAGCAUAGAAGUACAGACAGAGGACUAUGCUGCGUGGUCACAAGCAGAUUAUUACUACUAUGAAAAUUACUACAAUCACACUGAUGCUCAAGAUUGUGCAUCUGAACUGCCAGUGCAGCACAAUCAUGGGACUGAAGGCACUGAGCAUAACUCCAGAGAGGAAUCACAGACAGGUGCUAGUAUUCCAUUAAGGAUGGAUACCACCAAAGUUGCUGAUGGUGGAGAAGAGGAAAAUUUUGUCCAGAGUUCACAGGAAGCAGAAGAUACUUCAGUACCAGAGGGUUCUUUGGCAGAGAGCUUGAGAGCUGCUGCAGAAGCUGCUGUUUCACAAACCGGCUUUAUUUAUGAUGAAAAUACAGGACUGUAUUAUGACCAUAGUACAGGAUUCUACUAUAAUUCGGAAAAUCAACUGUAUUAUGAUCCAGCAACAGGAAUUUAUUAUUACUGUGAUGUGGAAAGUGGCCGAUACCAGUUUCACUCACGAGUGGAUCUGCAGUCUUACCAGGCCUCUAGUACUCAGCGCACCAAGGAUAAAAAAGGAAAAAAGAAGAGAAAAGAACCAGAGCAGAUUACUGCAAACGAGUAUAAGGUACAUCAAUUGACAGAAACCAUGGCUAAUCUGAAGAUUUCUUCUUUUGGAUUGGCAGCUUCUGGUGAAGAUGAAGAAAAGAUCUGGCCUCCCUGUAUCAGAGUAAUUGUAAUAAGAUCACCAGUUUUACAGACUGGAUCACUUUAUAUUAUCACAGCUGUGAAACCUGCUACAAUUGGAAGAGAAAAAGAUGUUGGACACACACUUCAGAUUCCUGAAGUUGGAGUCAGUAAGUUCCAUGCAGAAGUAUAUUUUGACCACGAUUUGCAAAACUAUGUUCUUGUGGAUCAAGGCAGUCAGAAUGGAACAGUUGUUAACGGAAAUCAGAUUCUCCAGCCUAAAAUAAAAUGUGAUCCCUACAUCUUGGAGCACGGAGAUGAAGUGAAGAUUGGUGAAACUGUGCUUUCUUUUCAUAUACAUCCUGGCAGCGACACUUGUGAUGGAUGUGAACCAGGACAAGUCAGAGCACAUCUUCGCCUGGACAGGAAAAAGGAAUCUUCUGUUUGCCCAGCACUUAGCAAAGAAGAGAGAGAGUUAGUAAGAAGAAAAGCAUUAAAACAAAUACGGGUAAAAUAUGGUUUACAGAACACAGAAUACGAAGACAACAAAGCAGUGAAGAAUCCAAAGUACAAAGAUAGAGCAGGAAAACGCAGAGAGACCAUUGGAAGUGAAGGAACCUUCCAGAGAGAUGAUAGUCCAGCUUCUGUUCAUAUUGAAAUCAGCAACAGCAACAAAGGACAUAAAAUGUUGGAGAAGAUGGGAUGGAAGAAAGGGGAAGGCCUGGGCAAGGACGGUGGUGGUAUGAAGGAUCCGAUCCACCUUCAGUUACAUAAGACACACGCAGGUUUGGGUACCAGUAGACCAGCUUCAGUUGAAGACGUUCAGAUCAUCCAAAGCAAGAAUAAAAAGAACUGGGAUAAAGCAAGAGAGAGGUUUGCUGAAAACUUCCAAGAAGCUAAAUCACAAAGGGAUACACCUAAGAUUACACCUUGGGUUAGGGGGACUGUAGAGUAA